AUGAACCACGCAUCUCUCCUUAUGGUUGUUCUCCAGCUUUGUAGAACCAACGUGGAAGGAAAGUUUGUGGAUUCAACUGUAAAACUUACUGAGAAGGCAAAACUGGAAUGCAUAUAUCCAAAAAAAGCUAUGAUAAUCCAGACAUCCUGGAUGAAACUUAAUGUAACUCAUAAAGAGAAUAUAGCUGUCUUGCAUCCAAUCUAUGGUGUACAUAUCGAAGAAAAAUACAAUGGAAGAAUUUAUUUUGAAAAUGCUUCCAGGGAAGACCAGUCCUUAUCCUUCAUCAACAGCACUAUGGAGGAUGUUGGUCUUUACUUUUGCUCCAUUGUAACUUACCCAGAUGGAAUUUGGGAAAAAGUAAUAGAAAUUAUUCAGCCAGCUGAUGUUUUUGAAGUAUCUGAGAAACAAAAUAAUCCCAUGUUUACCAAGCCAGGAGGAAAUGUCACUUUUACUUGCCCUUAUAAAACUGGAGAUUCAGUGCAGCAAGUGAUGUGGGAAAGGAUUAAAGCAGAUCAGGUAGAUACCAUUGUUCUGUGCAACUCAUCAGGAAAGCAAAGCUUUGGUUCAGAUUUCAAAGAACGUACACUGGUGGAUUGCUCUGAUCAGGCAAACUCCAUGAUCGUCAUUCAAAACAUUACCACCUCUGACUUUGCAACGUACCGCUGUGUAGCUACUGGAAGAAACAAAACCUAUGUGAUGAGUUUUACUGUGGCUG